AUGGCCAGCAGUUUUGCAAAAAAGAAGAUGGUAACAGUUCUGAGUAUUGAUGGAGGUGGCAUCAGAGGCAUAAUUCCAGGCACUCUUCUUGCCUUCCUUGAAUCCAAGCUUCAGGAGCUGGAUGGACCAAAUGCAAGAAUUGCGGAUUAUUUUGACAUCGUUGCAGGAACAAGCACAGGUGGGUUGGUAGCCACCAUGCUUACAGCUCCCAGCAAGGGAAGCAGACGACAACCCAUGUACGCGGCAAAGGACAUCAACAAUUUCUAUCUGGAGCACUCCCCCAAGAUUUUCCCUCAGGACAGCACCAAUGCAUCGAUGGGACCCAAGUAUGAUGGGCAGUACCUAAGGUCAUUGAUAAACCAGUUACUCGGAGACAUUACUCUCAAACAGACAUUGACUGAUGUGGUUAUACCAACUUUCGACAUCAAGCUCCUGCAGCCAGUGAUCUUCUCAACCAAUGAUGCGAAGGUGAAUGCUUGGAAGAAUGCUAGGCUAGCAGAUGCCUGCAUCGGAACGUCUGCUGCUCCUACUCUUCUACCAGCACAUUACUUUGAAACCAAGGAUCAUACAAAUGGGAAAACCCACACAUUUGAUCUCAUUGAUGGAGGAGUUGCUGCAAACAAUCCAACUCUAGUAGCUAUUAGCCACGUUUGGAUGGAGAUCAUGAAGCGAAAUGCCGAUUUCAUAGAUAUCGAACCGAUGGACAGCAAGAGGAUGCUUGUGCUGUCACUUGGCACAGGUACCACCCCUAUGGAUGCACCAAAGUAUGACGCAGUUAAGGCUUCCAAUUGGAACAUGUCGGAUUGGAUCUUCCACAAUGGAAGUACACCACUUCUCGAUGCUUGUUUGCAUGCAAGCUCUGAUAUGGUUGAUUUUCAUGUGUCUGCUCUCUUCCAAUGCAGUCAUUGCAGUGAAAAUUAUCUCCGUAUUCAGGAUGAUACCUUGACUGGUGAUGCAUCAACGGCUGACAUUGCAACCGAGGAGAAUUUGCAGAAACUUGUGGAGAUUGGAAAGGAGCUCUUGAAGAAACGAGUUUCAAAGCUGAAUUUCGAGACUGGUCAGUUAGAGGAAGUCGAGGGAGCGCAUACCAAUGAAGAAGUCCUUGCCAACUUUGCUAUGAGGCUCCAUGAAGAGCAAAACUUUCGGCUUAGGGCCUUGCAAGAAGAUUGA